ACACAGAUAUAAGGUGCACACGCAUACCCGGACACCGCAGCGAGGCUUCAGCCACGUGACCAGCACCCAAAUCAAAGCACAGGAAUUAGCAGCUCCCAGGAGCCCCUGUGCCGUCGUAGUCCCUCGCCCCAACAAUCGCUCAGCUGGACCUCUAACGCCGCGGAGUAGCUUUGCCUGUUUCGGACCUUCAGAUGUCGACCAUUAGCCUCCAAUCACCCCAUGCCGGAGCAGCAGGUCCUCUGAGGGCGCGGAGGCUGGCAGGGUGUACACGGGAGAAGUCUCCUGAGGAAGCAGCAUCUGGCUCCAGAGAGGAGGUACCGGCGGAGCGCCCAGCACCAGGCGGCAAGCGGCCAGCGUGGACCAGCAGCCACAGCAUGAGCUACCCCUUGGCCCUGGACAUGGACUUCAUCGUCAACUACAACCUGGAGGACCUGGAACCAGGAAACUACAGCGACAGCACGGACAUCACCCCUGUGGAGAGCCACAUCUGCGCGGCAGCCGAGGGGCCUCUGCUGACCUCCUUCAAGGCCGUGUUCAUGCCCGUGGCCUACGGCCUGGUCUUCCUGCUGGGGCUGGCGGGCAACAUCCUGGUGCUGGCCGUGCUGGAGCGGCACCGGCACACGCGCAGCUCCACCGAGACCUUCCUGUUCCACCUGGCGGCCGCUGACCUGCUGCUGGUGCUCAUCCUGCCCUUCGCCGUGGCCGAGGGCUCGGUGGGCUGGGUCCUGGGCGCCGUGCCCUGCAAGGCCGUGAUCGCGCUGCACAAGGUCAACUUCUACUGCAGCAGCCUGCUGCUGGCCUGCGUGGCCGUGGACCGCUACCUGGCCGUGGUGCUGGCCGUGCACGCGUACCGCCGCCGCCGCCGGCUCUCCGUGCACGCCGCCUGCGGCGCCGUGUGGCUGGCCGGCGGCCUCCUGGCCCUGCCCGAGCUGCUGUUCGCCAAGGUCAGCCAGCCCGCGCGCAACGCCUCGCUGCCGCUCUGCACCUUCUCCCAGGAGAGCCGUGCCGAGGCCCGCGCCUGGUUCGCCGCCCGCUUCCUCUACCACCUCGGCGGCUUCCUGCUGCCCAUGCUGGUGAUGGGCUGGUGCUACGCGGGCGUGGUGCGCAGGCUGUGCCAGGCCCAGCGGCGCCCGCAGCGCCAGAAGGCGGUCAGGGUGGCCAUCCUGGUGACCAGCGUCUUCUUCCUCUGCUGGUCGCCCUACCACGUGGCCAUCUUCCUGGACACCCUGGCCCGGCUGCAGGCCGUGGGCGACAGCUGCGCGCUGCACCGCUACCUGAGCGUGGCCAUCGCCGGGGGCGAGUUCCUGGGCCUGGCCCACUGCUGCCUCAACCCCGUGCUCUACACCUUCGCGGGCGUCAAGUUCCGCAGCGACCUGUCGCGGGUGCUGGCCAAGCUGGGCUGCGCCGGGCCCGCCGGCCUCUGCCAGCUGCUGCCCGCCUGGCGCAGGAGCAGCCUCUCCGAGUCCGAGAACGCCACCUCCCUCACCACCUUCUAGGGCUCAGCCCUUCUUCUCUGACUUCUAAGGGGCGCCCUGACUCUGGGAACUGUGGGGCUGACACCCCACCGGCUCACCUGGCCAGCGAGGCUGCCGAGCUGCCUCCACCCCUGCUGGCUCCCCUCCCCGGGCUAGGCUGGGUCCAGGAGGGAAAGGACUCAAAGGCCCAAAGGCAGCGGCCAGCUGAGGCGCUGGGCUGGGCCCGGGCCCGCCCGCCGUCCUCAUCCUAACCAGCCAAAGCUGAGACAAGUCUGCUUCUGUCCCACCAAAGCGGAAAGCCAUCAACCCCCAGAAUGUGCUCGUCUCCUAGGCCACCGGCCUCCACAGCUACGGCCUCCUCCCACCGCCCCUCCCGCCGCCUCAGCCUGCCGGUCUCGGACACACACAGCCCACCCGCCUCAGCCUGCCGGUCUCAGACACACACAGCCCACCCGCCUCAGCCUGCCGGUCUCAGACACACACAGCCCACCCGCCUCAGCCUGCCGGUCUCAGACACACACAGCCCACCCGCCUCAGCCUGCCGGUCUCGAACACACACAGCCCUCCGCCGCCUCAGCCUGCCGGUCUCGGACACACACAGCCCUCCGCAGCCUCAGCCUGCCGGUCUCGGACACACACAGCCCUCCGCCGCCUCAGCCUGCCGGUCUCGGACACACACAGCCCUCCGCCGCCUCAGCCUGCCGGUCUCGGACACACACAGCCCUCCGCCGCCUCAGCCUGCCGGUCUCGGACUCACACAGCCCGCCCGCCUCAGCCUGCCGGUCUCGGACACACACAGCCCUCCGCCGCCUCAGCCUGCCGGUCUCAGACACACACAGCCCUCCGCAGCCUCAGCCUGCCGGUCUCGGACACACAGCCCUCCCGCCCGCCUCUGGACCAGCAUGAAGCUCAGACCCACUCAGAUCGGGCAGCUGCACAGCCCUGACCACAUGGCCCUGGGCCGGCUCCGUGCUCCUGGCCGGAGGGCGGACUGGACCAGACAGUCCCCAGGGAACCAAGGCCGAGCCGGCAGCCAGGAGCCAGCCAGGGAGAGAGGACCGCCUGCCCGCCCAGGAGGUCUUCCACCCAAAGCCGCACCGUCUGCCCACGCGGCCGGGCGGCAGGGCUGGGCCGGCGUUAGGACCAGUGUGCAGACCCUCGAGGGGGACGCCAGAGCAGCCGCUGGAGCCCUCUCCCCGCCCCCGACCCCCCAUCCCCCAGGCCGGGCUGCACAGACGCCUGAGGGAGGAGACGGGCGGCAGGAGGCUGCUCUGAGGGAAGCUCUGCACUGCCUGCGCCCCUCCAGCCCCAGCCUUCGGCCCAGCCUGAGUGGCAGAGCCGGCCCUGCUCCUGCCAGGGCGCCUGAGCUGCCCGCUCCCACGCAGCCCCCCGGCCACAUCCGGAGGCCUGCGGGAGGGGAGUCAGCUGUCUCCCAGCGUCCAACACAAGCUGGGUGGCGAGGAGCCAGACAUGGAAGCAGAGGCUGAGAUCAGGCUUACAUUUUCUCUUUUUAAUAAAAAGGCACCUAUAAAACAGGUCAGUACAGUACAGGCAGCACAGAGACCCCCAGAACAAGCCUAGAAAUAGUUUCAAAAUAAAAACCCAAAGGAUGUCUUCA